GCCUGCAGUUCACGACCUGUCGUUCCCAAAAGGAUGCUGGAGAUCUGGAAAAGGUUCCAAGAGGGCAACAAGCAUGAUUAAAGGCUUGGCCAUGGCAAGGAACUAGAUGGGCUCUGACUUCAGCCUGGGUUUUGCUGCUGCCUUGCAAACUGCUUUUGGGAUCAGUUGAGAUGGAAGCCCUGGAAGGAAGGAGGAGGCUGCUUCAGCAACAGCACUGGAGGAAGGCACCCAUCAGUGUGGAAAUGUCUUCACCUGGGCUGGCAGGAGAAGGUCUGUGGUGAGGUGACAGCUGUUGAGCAAUGGCCUUCAACAAGGUUUGGUGUGCCCUAGCCCUUGGAUUUCUGCUGCCUUUUUCUUGUGCCCACACGGACUUCUUCACUUCCAUUGGUCACAUGACAGACUUAAUUAACACAGAAAAAGAUCUGGUGGUGUCACUGAAGGAUUACAUCAAGGCAGAGGAAAGCAAGCUGGAGCAGAUCAAAAAAUGGGCAGAGAAAUUGGAUCAGCUGACAGCCACUGCCACAAAAGACCCAGAGGGGUUUUUGGGACAUCCUGUAAAUGCCUUCAAGUUGAUGAAAAGGCUCAACACAGAGUGGGGUGAGCUGGAGAACCUGGUGCUGAAGGACAUGUCAGAUGGCUUUAUCUCCAACAUGACUAUCCAGCGGCAGUUCUUCCCCAAUGAUGAGGAUCAGACUGGUGCAGCCAAAGCCCUUUUGAGGCUCCAGGACACGUAUAAUCUGGACACAGACACCCUCUCCAGAGGGAAUCUGCCAGGUGUGAAGCACAAAUCCUUCCUGACAGCUGAGGAUUGCUUUGAGCUGGGGAAGAUUGCCUACACGGAAGCUGAUUACUACCACACGGAGCUUUGGAUGGAGCAAGCUCUGAAGCAGCUGGAUGAGGGAGAAGUGUCCUCUGCAGACAAAGUCUACAUCCUGGACUACCUGAGCUAUGCUGUGUAUCAGCAGGGGGACCUGGGCAAGGCCAUGGCACUCACCAAACGCCUCCUGGAGCUGGAUCCCGAACAUCAAAGAGCCAACGGGAACAUGAAAUACUUUGAAUAUAUCAUGGCCAAAGAGAAAGAAGGAAAUAAGUCCAGCACGGAUUCAGAAGAGCAGGAGAAGGAAACUGAGGUUAAGAAAAAGGAUUACCUGCCUGAGAGAAGGAAGUACGAAAUGCUGUGCCGUGGGGAGGGGCUCAAAAUGACUCCUCGGAGACAAAAGAGACUCUUCUGCCGCUACUACGACGGGAACAGGAAUCCCAGGUACAUCCUGGGCCCUGUCAAGCAGGAGGAUGAGUGGGACAAGCCCCGGAUCGUUCGCUUCCUGGACAUCAUCUCUGACGAGGAGAUCGAGACCGUGAAGGAACUGGCCAAGCCGAGGCUGAGCCGGGCUACUGUGCAUGACCCCGAGACUGGCAAACUGACCACAGCACAUUACAGAGUCUCGAAGAGUGCGUGGCUGUCAGGGUACGAGAGCCCCGUGGUGUCCCGGAUCAACACGAGGAUACAGGACCUCACCGGGCUGGAUGUGUCCACAGCAGAGGAGCUGCAGGUAGCCAACUACGGAGUAGGGGGCCAGUAUGAGCCUCACUUUGAUUUUGGAAGGAAAGAUGAGCCAGAUGCUUUUAAGGAAUUGGGAACAGGCAACAGAAUUGCUACUUGGUUGUUUUAUAUGAGUGACGUGUCAGCAGGGGGAGCCACGGUCUUUCCUGAAGUCGGAGCCAGCGUUUGGCCCAGAAAGGGAACAGCUGUGUUCUGGUACAAUCUGUUCCCGAGCGGAGAAGGCGAUUACAGCACCCGGCACGCGGCCUGCCCGGUACUAGUGGGGAAUAAAUGGGUAUCCAACAAAUGGCUCCACGAGCGGGGGCAGGAAUUCCGAAGGCCGUGCACGUUAUCGGAGCUGGAAUGAUGCAGAGCCGUCAGUCCCUGGAAAAUGCACAUCUCCAGCAGUUUACAACUGACUAACACUCCACUCCAGGUUCAGUCGCCCCCAGCUGUGGACAGGACAAACGUGCUUUUAGUUCCCUCCCAGUACCCUCCCAAGGUUUUAUAAACAGAAAAUAUUGAGGUUUACGAGUGUUACCGGGAAAAAAAAAAGGACAAAAUACAGAUGAGGGCCACAACUAA